AUAUUAUUAAUGAAAUCCUUCAUUAUUAUCCCAAUGUUAACGCUGGUACUGAGGUCUCUAUUUUAGUUCCUGGCGCUGGAUUGGGCCGUUUAGUUUAUGAAUUAGCUCGAAGAGGUUAUAACGUUCAAGGGAACGAGUAUUCUGUAUUUAUGCUUCUUGCCUCCAACUUCAUAUUAAACCGAUCUGGAGAUAGAAAGUUUGUUAUUCAUCCUUUCGUUAGUCAGUAUAAUAAUAAUAUAGGAAGAAGCGAUCAAUACCGCUCUGUUCUUGUUCCUGAUGUCAAUAUUAACAAAGAAUUAAAGGGAAACGGAAAGAUGUCCAUGACUGCCGGCGAAUUCUUGGAGUGCUAUACUGAAGCAGCCAGCCAAUCAAUUUCGAACAACCUAUAGCACCGCAUAAUUGACAAUUAUAUCCUUCAAAGGGGCAGCGAGCUUGAGAGCUGGGAUUGUGUAGCAUCGUGCUUCUUUCUAGACACGGCAAAGAAUGUUGUUGACUACUUGAGGACUAUUUAUUAUAUUUUAAAGCCAGGAGGGCUUUUCAUUAAUAUCGGGCCACUUUUAUAUCAUUUUGAAGAUAUGAGCGAUCCGUCGUUGGAAUUCAGUUACGAGGAUAUUAGGGCAAUCAUGGAAAGCAUUGGAUUUAUUCUUGAG